GUUCCGGCUUUGAAUGGCUUUGGAAAAUGGCAUGUAAUGGCUAAUGCCAAGUUAGUAACGGUAAUCCUCGACAUUACACUACAGCUCCUGUUUCAUGGAGUAUGUCAUUAGCCUGUGGGUAUAUGAUUCCUAGAAUAGAUCCAUACUUCUGAGUCCUGACCUACGUGAUGUUUCGCAGUGGGUUUGGGCUAGCCGUUUUGGCUGCUCAAAUUGUUUUCUGCUUGCAUGACGAAACUAGGCAAACAGUAACUGUGUGCAAUCCUGCUCUGGAACUACGGCACAUCAUUACGGGAUCCUGCAGGCCAUUAGUGCCAGGGUGUUUUGAUGGAGAAUGGAAAUUUGCAGAUUCUGUGCUGCUGAGAAAAUUCCCCGUGGACAGAGAGAGGCGAAACUAUGUUCGCCAGGUGCAAGGUGCCCUGUUUUCACUGGUCGCCCCCACUCCUUUGAAGAGUGACGUGCGCUUUGUAGCCUUGUCUGCAGAUGCGCUGCAGCUGCUGGACUUGAACAUUCACCAAGUGUCCAGAAGUAAACUGUUCUUGCAGGCGGCAGCGGGCAACACAGUCGUUCCUGAUAGCCAACCAUCAGCUCAUCGAUACGGAGGCCACCAGUUUGGGUCUUGGUCAGGACAGCUGGGUGAUGGCCGUGCUCAUCUUCUUGGUGAAUACGUCAAUCGGUAUGGAGACAGAUGGGAAGUGCAGCUGAAGGGGUCUGGUCGAACUCCGUAUUCCCGGCAUGGGGAUGGGCGUGCUGUCUUGCGAUCAUCUGUGCGUGAAUUCUUGGUCAGUGAGGCUAUGCAUCACCUGGGAAUACCAACCAGCCGAGCUGUAAGCUUAGUUGCAUCACAUGACCCGGUUCUACGGGACCAGUUUUACAAUGGCCAUCCUGAGAGAGAGCCAGCGGCCGUUGUGAUGCGUCUAGCGCCAUCUUGGUUUCGAAUUGGAUCGCUUGAGCUUAUGAAUGCCAAUGGCGAGUUUGAUCUUCUUAAAUCUACCGUUGAUUUUAUCAUUGAGCAGCAUUUUCCCGAUUUGCAGUCCUCGCCGGACAAGUAUGUGAACUUCUUCAACUCUGUUCUUGAAUCAACAGUGGAUAUGGUGGCUAAAUGGCAAGCUGUUGGCUUUGCUCAUGGUGUGUGUAAUACGGACAACUUCAGUAUUCUAUCAGUGACAAUUGACUAUGGACCCUUUGGUUUCAUGGACAAGUAUGAUCCAAGUUUAGUGCCGAACACAUCAGAUGACGAGGGGUUGUACCAAUUUCAGAAUCAACCCAACGCUGCCAAGUUCAACUUGCAUCAGCUGUGGCAAGCGCUGGGAACUCUCUUCAAUGAUAGCCGCACAGCAUAUCGCCAGUUGGAAAGAUUUGAUGGGAUCUUUGCAGAUAGGUAUGUAGAACUCAUGAGGAGAAAGCUCGGUCUUCUUGGUGCUGAGGAUGGUGAUAGAAGGAUGGUAUCAUCCCUGUUGGAGAUGAUGCAUACAAUGUUUGCAGACUACACUAUGACGUGGAGAGAACUUAGUGAGAUAUCACUAGCUGAUCUAGUCAACAGCACCUUCACUGCAGAGAUGUGGUCUUUGCCGAAAGUAGCUGAGCACGAUGAUUGGAAAGCUUGGAUAGCUGCGUACGCACAGCGCAUCCGCAGACAAAUGCAAGUACAUGCGGACACGGAUGGCCAGCGUCAGCAGAGAAUGCAAGGUAUCAAUCCUCGCUACAUUCUUCGAAACUACCUAGCUGAGAAUGCUAUUCGCCAAGCAACCAGUGGAAAUGAUGACGAGGUGAAACAACUUCACAAGGUUUUACAGCGUCCGUUUGACAGACAGGCAAUUGCUGAAGAAGCUGGCUAUGCAUCUCCGCCUCCCGCCUGGUCAAGGAGCCUACGCGUCAGUUGCUCAUCUUGAUACCGGUGGCACGACUAGCCGGCACUCUCACUGGCUGCAUGGCCAACUGUGACUGCUCGUUCCUCCUCACUUGCAAGUUGCAGACCGUCUCAAUACUGCAACGUCCAUGCCCAUGGCACGCUGCUGGCUUGACUUGUAGGUCAAAGUAUUCAGUUGCAUCUUGCCUGGACAUAUACCUACACCUAUUCUCCUUGUUAAUUUCCUAAAAGACUUUGAUUACAGGUUUCUUGUGUGGUGUGAUAGGCGUGCCUUGAAUAAUAACAAAACAUGCAGUAGAAUGCGUCGUGUUGUUCAUGUACAUGGCAUACACGUCACGUGGUGCACACAUUUCACCGGAGUUACCCGCAGUACUGCAGUAGUGUUGUACCCACAAUGGACAACAUGCCACUGUUGUCUGCAGAUUGAGUGUCCCGAAUAUGUAUUUUGGAAAGUACUCUGGGGAUAGGGCUUGAGUUGAAAGUGAUGGCGUCAGAGUAAACAGAUAACGAGAAAAAAAUGCUUCUGUAUCCACUCUGCCCUUAGUGAACUACUGUAUGUAGUGGGUAGGCCCCUUGUGCCGAAAGCAGGUGCAAUUGUGUUCUGUGCCAGGAUUGGGUUCCUGACCAGGAGUGGGUUCCUGGCCGGGAGGGCCUAUGACCCAGUCCAGUCGCUAUCGGCGGAUGUGUCUAUACUAUGCUGUGACGGAGAACCAUCCAAACGUGUAUGGAUCCAUACUAAAACUGGACCCAAGUGGAUCCAAAAGUUAGCACUGUCAUGACUCCGGGCUGAAUUUGACAUAGCACUUUCAAGCCCUGUAGAUGGCGGCUGUAUACUAGGUACUUGUUAUUAGGAUGUGAUCCAGAGCGCUUGGCCA